AUGUUCACCUCAAAUUGGUGGAUAAACGUUAUUACGACAUGUACGAUAAUAGUUACGAUCGKCUAUUAUUUCUGCGUGUCGACAUUUAAAAAAUGGGAAAAGCUCAACGUGCCAUACAUUAAACCAAUUCCAUUGUUUGGAAACUUUUUGAAUGUAGCUUUGAGUAUUGACCAUCCUCUAGAAUUUUACAACAAAAUCUAUUACGAGUUCGUCGGUCGCAAAUAUGGAGGACUGUUCCAGAUGAGGACGCCGUAUUUGAUGGUUCGCGAUCCAGAAAUAAUCAAUGAAGUGCUAAUAAAAGACUUCUCGUAUUUCCCGGACCGUGGAAUUUAUUCGGAUUUCACGGUCAAUCCGUUGUCGAACAACCUGUUCUUCAUGGAACAUACUCAAUGGAAAACAAUAAGAAACAAAUUGACGCCCGCUUUCACAUCGGGAAAGCUCAAGACCAUGUACGAUCAGAUCAAAGAGUGCGGUGAUGAAAUGAUGAAAAAUAUCUAUAAAGAUUUAAAUGAAAACGGCAACGAAAUAGAGAUAAGAGAUAUCAUGGGAAAGUAUUCGACCGACGUCAUCGGCACUUGUGCUUUUGGGCUCAAGUUGAACGCCAUAAACGAUAAUAAAUCCUUAUUUCGAAAGUACGGUAAAUCGAUAUUCACACCUUCGCUAAGAUCACUUUUUAGAGAAUUGUGUUUGAUGAUUACUCCCGCACUUUUGAAAGUCGUAAGAGUGAAAGAUUUUCCAACGGACGCAACUGAAUUUUUUCACAAGGCGUUUAAAGAAACGUUGACAUAUAGAAUUGAAAAUAAAAUUGUCAGAAACGACUUGGUUAAUUGUUUAAUGCAAGCGAGAAAUGAUUUAGUUCUGAAUAAAGAUUUACCUGAACAUGAAAAAUUUACUGAAUCUCAAAUCGUUGCGAAUGCUUUUGUUAUGUUUGCUGCUGGUUUUGAAACUGUAUCCACUACUGUAAGUUAUUGUUUAUAUGAAUUAGCGUUAAAUAAAUCUAUUCAAGACAGAGUACGCCAAGAGAUUCAAUUGAAUUUAUCAAAAAGUGAUGGACAAAUUGAUAACGAAUUUUUAAUGGGUCUUAAUUACAUGGAUAUGGCUAUAGCAGAAACACUUCGAAAGUAUCCUCCAUUAGUAGCUUUGUUCAGAAAAGCAUCAAAAACAUAUCAAAUUACCAACGAUUCAUUAAUAAUUGAAAAGGGCCAAAAAAUAUUAAUUCCACUUUAUGCGAUACAUUACGAUAGUCAGUAUUAUACGGACCCUGAAAAGUUUAUUCCUGAAAGAUUUUCGGCUGAAGAAAAAGCAAAACGACCCAAUGGUAUUUAUUUUCCAUUUGGCGAUGGACCUCGAAUGUGUAUAGGAAAACGAUUCGCAGAGAUGGAAAUGAAAUUGGCUUUGGUAGAAAUUUUAACCAAAUUUGAAGUAUUUCCAUGUGAAAAAACAGAAAUUCCUUUAAAAUAUUCUAAGAAAGUUUUAACACUGAUGCCAGAACAAGGAAUUUGGUUAAGAUUUAAAUUAAUUAAUUGACCAAAGGUUAUAAUGUAUUGACGAAAAAAUAAUAUUUUAAUUGAAUUGUUGAACAAUAAAAAGUUGGACUACU